UGAUUUUUUGAAUGAGUAUGAAAGAGGAAGGACUCCUAACCCCGACAUAGUCUGCAACAAGCAUAUCAAGUUCAGCUGCUUUUUCCGUUAUGCUGUGGAUAAUCUUGGGUCACCAUCAUGAUCUUCUGCAGUUCUCAGUCUGCUCUGCCUCACUGACGCUUGCCUGCCUGCCUGCAUGGCCUCGAAACAGGGCAGGGGUAAUCGUGUGCCCCUGUUCAGUAGCAUCAGCACUUUUAGCAGUGACAUGGAUAAGGAUCAAGUAGCACUCAGACGCAAGGUGUCAGUGACCUAAGGCUGAGUUGAUGGUAAUGAAAAGUUGACUUGCCACAUUAGGAGUUAAAAGAAAAGGCAAUAAAGAGAAACCAAGAAGCCCUAAAUAUGAAGGCCGGACUCACCAAAAGCAUGGCACGCGGUGGAUGUGGGUGCAGUUUGCUGACAAGGCUCAGUGAGCAGUCCUGGCAUCAGGCGGGGAAGAGCUGGCUUGGUCACCACUUGCAAGCAGUCCUGGCACCAGGCUGGGAAGAGCUGGCUUGGUCACCACUCGCAUGCAGAAGAUCCUAGGUCUUAGUUGCUUCCAGUUGACGAACACAACAGAGUCUGUUGUCCAAGCCAGUGUAGACUGAGCUGGGGCAGGGAGAAGAGGCCUCCACAGUCUGCCCUGGUCAGGUCCCACCUGCUAUCUAGGAAAAAUGACAUGCUGGUAGAGUGUGGGCUGUUUUUCAUUCCCUGUGUGUGUGGAAAUGUCCUCUGAUGAACUCUUGAGAUCACUCGGGUCACCACAGCAGUGGUCAAGUGGAUGCUCAUGAGGAUUGAGGAUUGUAUUCCUUGUGUGGCAUUCAGAGAGCAGGGCUGGCAUUCACAGAGAGAGGUUUCUCUGGGAGCAGGUGUGACGGCGAGCCAGACAGGAGUGCUGGCCUCUGGGAUGCGAGCUCCCUGGGCAGAGUGCUCUAGAGCCCUGUGUGUGUUGCUUGGCUUACUUUGGAAGGAGCUCCUUCAGUGCCCACUUUCAUGUCUGAAUUAACUGCACAGACAGCAUAACAGGGAAGAAACACGAGAAGCCUUCUGACAUGUUAGGGCUUCUCCCAGAAGAACCCUGUGGAUCUUGGCUGCAUAAGUGGUUCUUCUUGAAGGAUGCAAGAUUCCAAGAGCAGAUGCUGUUGCCACAGGCCACUACGCAAGAACUUCACUGGAGGAUGAAGAAGUCUUUCAGCAGAAGCAUAUUAAGAGGCCAGAAGGGCUUUUCAGAAAUCGAUUUGAAGUUAGAAAUCGUUUCCCAGGAUGCCCUGAGAAGAACCAUCUUCCCUCUAGGGGGAUUAACGAAGGAUUUUGUAAAGAAAAUAGCUGCUGAGAAUAGACUCCAUCAUGUGCUCCAGAAGAAAGAGAGCAUGGGCAUCUGUUUCGUCGGUAAAAGAAACUUUGAGCAUUUCAUUCUUCAGUAUUUGCAGCCUCGACCUGGGAAAUUUAUUUCUAUUGAGGACAAUACAGUUCUGGGAACACAUAAAGGUUGGUUCCUGUACACCCUGGGCCAGAGAGCUAAGAUCAGCGGCCUGAGGGAGCCCUGGUACGUGGUGGAGAAGGAUGCUGCCAAGGGUGACGUGCUCGUGGCCCCCCGCACAGACCACCCAGCCCUCUACCGGGACCUGCUGAGGACCAGCCGUGUGCACUGGAUUGCAGAGGAGCCCCCUGCCGCCCUGGUCCGGGAUAAGAUGAUGGAGUGCCACUUCCGAUUCCGCCACCAGAUGGCGCUAGUGCCCUGUGUGCUGACCCUCAAUCAGGACGGCACCGUGUGGGUGACUGCUGUGAAGGCUGUGCGGGCCCUCGCCCUGGGGCAGUUUGCCGUGUUCUACAAGGGGGAUGAGUGCCUGGGCAGUGGGAAGAUCCUGCGCUUGGGGCCGUCGGCCUACACACUCCAGAAGGGCAGGAGCAGAGCCAGAGUGGCUCCUGAGGGCUCCAGUGAGGGACCCAGCAAAGAUCCAGGCCCAGGCCCCACACCCUGACAGAAGCCGAGCCGCAGGAGGACUCCUGUGACAGCAGAGCCUGGGGCUGAGCAGCGUAGGCAGGGCAGGGCAGGGCAGUGAUGGACUCAGUGCUGCCUGGACCAGGGGCAGCCCCAGGAAGGCCCUUUGUCUUUGUGCUGGAACCAGCAACAGAAGCAUCCCAUGGCCAGUGGGUCAGCCCCGAGGCCCUGUUCAGUCUCCUUCAUGCUCACCCCCUGGGACAGUUGCCCUGGAAGAACACUGCAGGGACAGCAUUGAAUAAAAAGUCCAACUGGGAUGAGGAGUCUGACCACUGUGUCCAGGGGCUGGGGGGCCUGGGUGGGCUGUCGCAGGGGCUCAUCACUGGUAGCUGAUGGAAUGGAAGGCAGAUGGACAGCAAGGGAAGGGCCCGAGAGAUGGCCUGGCCUUCCUCUGGGGCCUGAGCCCUAUGCCUUGGGAAGGCAGAGAGCCAUCCACAUUAGGUCUGCUGAAGCCCAGAAGUCCACAGGGGAAGCACACAGAGCCCCUUGCCCUGCAGGGCCCACUUCCAGCAGAACCCGGUGCUUUCCUGGUGAGCAUGGCUUUGGCUGUGGGCUUUAGAAGUCCACUCACAGGGCGUCGGGGACGCAGCACUCGGGCAGCCUUUGGUGUGGCACUCUUAUGGGGCACUUUCCUCUCUGGGCUAGGACCUUGGAGAGGCCUGGGGAGGGCCUGGGGGCUGAGGGGGCGGAUUGUGAGACAGUGAAGGUGGCUGAGACUCGGGGAGAAACCCGUCUUUUUAGGCAAAGAGGAGUGAGGUGAGUCCCAGCAGGGCGAGGACUGGAGAAGCAGCCCAGCACAGGCCCCAGGGCCCCCGGCUGGACACCAGCAGACCCAAGGCCCUGGCUCUGGAGCUGGCACCAACCCCUCAGGGCAGGUGGGACUGGCAGGAACCUGACCAGGCUGCUUCACUAUGGAAAGGGUGACAUCCAGAUCCAGGCCUCCAGCUGGCCCAGAGCCCAGCAUGACCCAGUGCUGAUGCAGGGUUCCCCUGAAAUCACUGAGCCACAGGCUCGGGGACACCAGUGAAAGACAGGGGACAGAUUACAGCCUUAAGGUGACAGAGCUCACACUAGCAAGGUGGAGCAGUGCUCCUGAGGUGCCCCAGGAGGAAAAGGCAAGCGCUGGCAACCUCAGGGCCCAGUGGAGAGAAGGCCAAGUGUGGACAGGAACCUGAAGAACUGCAGGUGACAGUGCUGAAGUAAAGACCAAAGGACACGCUCAGUGAUGAGGCGGAAGGACCAGGACGAUUAACUCCAGAACUAGAGAGAAACGUGAGCCGUGAAGGAGGCCUGAGGGACGGGUGCACCGGAGGCCGGGCGCCAGGAGAGGAGGGGAGACGGGGCAGGAAAGCAGUCGAAGGAACAGCUCAGUCUUCCCAGCUUUGGUGGCACAGACCGAUUCUCAGGAAACCCAGUGAGACCUGCCACCCGCUUCCCAGGAGGGAGCCUGAGGUGCCCUUCAUGCCACCUUGGGGAGGGGAGCAGGGCAGCCCCGCACAGCUGAGGAACAGACUCGGACAUCUGAAUUUAUUGUAGACUCUUCUCAUUUGCAUUGUCAUUCCAGUGUUUGACAUUAAUAAAUACACGUGUUUAAA